UCCAAGUGGACCCACCACCCCUUCAGCGCCCACCUCGAUUCCCAAGGCCGCAUCUUCGCCCGCGGCUCUCAGGACAUGAAGUGCGUCGGUAUGCAGUACCUCGAAGCCCUCCGCCGUCUCAAGGCCCGAAAUUUCCACCCUCUCCGCUCUAUCUACCUCGCCUUCGCACCCGACGAGGAGAUCGGCGGCCACGACGGCGCUGAGAAGUUAGCCCAAUCGGAGAUUUUCCAACGGAUGAAUGUGGGCGUGGUGCUUGACGAAGGGUUGGCUUCCCCCGACGCCCAUUAUAGGGCCUUCUACGCUGAGAGAAGCCCCUGGUGGUUGGUCAUCAAGGCCGUUGGGGCUCCCGGCCAUGGAUCCAAGCUUUAUGAUAACUCUGCCAUGGAGAAUCUCCUCAAGAGCAUUGAAGCUAUCAGAAGGUUUCGCGCCUCCCAGUUCGACCUCAUCAAAGCCGGCUUCAAGGCCGAAGGCGAAGUUGUUUCUGUUAACAUGGUCUUUCUCAAGGCUGGAACUCCAUCUCCCACUGGUUUUGUGAUGAAUUUGCAGCCGUCUGAAGCAGAAGCUGGAUUCGACAUUCGAGUGCCACCUACUGCUGAUCCGGAAUCCUUGGAGAGACGCAUUGCUGAAGAAUGGGCACCUUCGUCCCGCAAUAUGUCAUUCUCUUUCAAACAAAAGGCAUCCACUCACAGCAAAUCUGGGAAACCACUCCUCACAAAAACCGAUAGUUCCAAUCCUUGGUGGAGCCUUCUUGAAAAUGCUGUCGAAAUGGCUGGUGGUAAACUUGGUAAGCCGGAGGUCUUUCCUGCAGCAACAGAUUCACGCUACUUCCGUUACCUUGGUUUACCAGCAAUUGGAUUCUCACCUAUGGCAAACACCCCUAUUCUACUCCAUGACCAUAAUGAGUUUCUACACAAAGAUGAAUACUUGAAAGGGAUUGAAAUUUACGAGUCAAUAAUCAAGGCAUAUGCAUCAUUCAAUGACCAUGGAAGAGAUGGAGCAUCCAAAGAUGAGUUAUGAGUAUUAAAUGAUCAUGCAAGAAAUAAGUUACUAGCAAAUGGUGCGGCACCAACACAUCUAGUUCACACUUUCUGCCUUUUCUCGAUCAAUGUAAUAAUACAGAGGAAAAUUAAUACUUAGAAUUGGCUGAGUAGAUUCUGACACGUGGCAUUAAAGAGGAAUCGAAUUAGAUGGUCACAAACUUAGCUCAGAGCAACUUGGCACUUCCAUGAAUGCAUUCAUAGAAAACAUUUCUGUGCAUAAUAUUGUUAAAAGUCACUCCUACUAUUCACUGCAUUGUUAACUACUUUUUUUCUUAAAAAAAUAAUUAUGUUCUUUUAAAGUUUUUCGUUUCUUGA